CUUUAAAACGCUAAUACUGUUUAAAAUGCAUAAGAUACAUACAAACAUAAAAAUUAAUAUGAAUCAUCUUCUUAAAAUAAUGGAAAAAUAACUUUAAGUUAAAUACGAAAAAAUACUAACCACGAGGAUAAUUAGCCAUUACAAAAAUAUUCAGAAAUAAUUGCUUCAACAUUUAACUAGCUUCAUCCAAUAAAACUAGAAUAAAUAGAAAUGAAAAAUGAAGGUAAAUACAUUGGUGAAUGGAAAGAAGGGGUCCGAGAAGGAUAAGGAAAGCAUAUAUGGCCAGAUGGUAGUUAUUAUGAAGGUUCUUGGGUAUUAGACAAAGCAGAUGGCUUUGGUAAAUUAGUUCAUAUAGACGGAGAUAUAUACGAAGGCGAAUGGAAAAAUGAUAUGGCAAACGGAAAAGGUGUUUAUAUUCAUAGUGGAGGCGCUAAAUACGACGGAGAAUGGAAAGAUGAUUUAUAAAAUGGGUAUGGAGUUGAAGUUUGGCCAGAUAAUGCAAAAUAUGAAGGGAAUUAUUUAAACGGAAAGAAAAAUGGGCAAGGGACUUUAUAUUUUUCAGAUAAAAGUAAAUAUGUAGGAGAGUUUCUUGAUAAUGAAAUAUCGGGAUAUGGAGAAUAUUAUUGGAAUGACGGAAAAAUAUACAAAGGUUAAUGGAAAAAUAAUAAAAUGAAUGGAAAAGGAGAAACAACUUGGCCAGAUAAAAAAAAAUAUACAGGAGAAUAUUUAGAUGAUAGAAAACAUGGUUACGGAGUUUUUGAUUGGGGAAAUUGCAAAAAAUAUGAAGGAUAUUGGCAUAAUGGAAAAUAAGAUGGGAAUGGAUUUCUUAUACUUCCAAACGGAGAAAAGAAAGAGGGUAUAUGGGAAAACGGAAAAAGAAUAAAAUGGGUUUAGGAUGUUUGA